AUGACUAAUCGGGAGUGGUUCGUGGUGAGUUCUGCGUGGGCCGGGCUGCGAUGCCGAGCAGGACGAGAUGAGAUACCGGCGCAUCCCACCACUGCAGCGGCUCGGCAGACAGCCCUCCGGCACCGCACGCCGGCCAGCUCGGCCGGACUCCGCUUUGCGCCCUCGCCAAUCCAAGGUAGCCGGUCUCAACUCAUUGCCCCGUUGGAAGCCUGCGAAAUGAGAAAAAAUGUCCCAGAUGUACUCUACCCUACUCUGCAUCCGGAGGCGCCUUGUCAACAAGCUCGGGCGUCGACCGACGUCAUUCCAGUGUACCAAGUGAAAGGCGGCAGUCCAAACGACUCUCUCGACGAUUUUUGUCAUUACUUGAAUUCAAUUAAUGUAACCCACAGUGUCGCCCACGACCUGACGGGUAUUUCUCCAGAGAACUUUUACGGCGCCUCCUUGUACCUAGAUAAUCCGGGUGACGCGAGUACACUGGCUAACCUAAAUGCUGUGGAGAGCGUCACGCCCGUCACCCCCAUGAAAGUCAUUACACCGGUCUCCCAACAAAUCCUCAAAAAACCUCCCACGGGUGGCCAAAGUCCCGAUGGCUUCACUCCCCACAUCCAGACAAGAAUCACGGAUUUGCAUUCAAGAGGUGUGUAUGGGCAAGGCAUCAAGGUAGCAUUUCUUGAUUCCGGUAUCGAUUGUGGCCAUCCUGCUUUGGGUGGAGGGUUCGGACCCGGUCACAAGAUUGGGUUUGGGUACGACUUGGUUGGAGAUGAUUUCGACAGUUCUAAUAAACCUGUCCCGGAUUCAGAUCCUUGCACCCCGUGUGGGGUUCAUGGCACCCACGUAGCUGGAAUUGUUGGAGCAAAUGACUUGGGUUACGGCUUCCAAGGUGUUGCCCCCAAUGCCACUCUGGGGAUGUAUCUCAUGGGCUGUGACAAACUUGGUUCGACUUCUAAUGAUAUAGUGAUGUCCGCGUUGCUGAUGGCCAUCAGGGAUGGAGCCGAUGUUAUCUCUGCCUCGAUUGGUGGUUUCGGUGGCUGGUCCAAAGGCGAUGCUUUGUCUGAUCUGAUCAACAGCCUCGUUGAAAAGGGGACUGCUUUAAUUCUUGCAGCUGGGAAUGAAGGCGAAGAAGGGCUAUUUUACGCUGAAACACCAGCGGCCGCAACCAACUCCAUCGCAAUUGGAUCCGUCGAAUCCAAAAAACUGAUCGUGUUUCAGAUGAAGACUUCUUCUGGGAAGAACAUUCCUUAUCACAGCAGCGGAGUUUUCAACGGAACGGAUUUGCCUAUCUACGCUACCUCGGCCACUGCGAACCCUCCGAAUGACGCUUGCCAACCCCUUCCACCCAGCACUCCCUCUUUGAGUGAUCGCGUAGUGGUGAUCCGAAGAGGUGGAUGUAAUUACGCAGACAAGGUUGAUAAUGCUGUUGCCAAAGGGGCAUCUCGGAUUCUAUUCUAUAUGAAUUCGACUGAGAAAGCCAAUCUCUCAAACUUCAUCUCUGGUGCGCAAAUCGGAGUUCUGACCAAGGCGGACGGCGAAUCACUCGUCUCGGAGCUGCAGACUAAUCCGAACUCGAAAGCCACGUUCUCCUCCCAGCACUCUAUUGAGCUUGCCGAUGGAGGGGGUCUGGUUAGCAACUAUUCGCAGUACGGCCCAUCUUACGAUUCCAUGAACAUACAGCCCAACUUUCUGGGAGUGGGAGGUAACAUCCUCUCGACAAUUCCCAGGAAAUCGGGAAGCUACGCCACGAUGAGUGGAACUUCGAUGUCAACUCCACAGGUUGCCGGUAUCACGGCUCUCGUGAAAGCUGUGCGAGGAAAAGAUCUCAAGGCCCUGAAGCUCAAGAGCAUCUUGUCCACCACAGCUCAACAAGUACCGGCUGCGGUGGGUCAGGACGACCUUCAGACUACUAUUCAUGCUGGAGGUGGCCUGGUGGAUGCGUUUUGUGCAGCCUACGCCAAAACUGUCUUGUCAACAGAUGCCAUUGCGCUGCAUGACAUUCCCAACUUCAAAUCGCAGCAGUCCUUUACCAUCACCAACGAAGGAGAUCAAACUUACUCGUUCCGAACCGGCCAUUCCCCUGCAAUUACAGUCAACACCUUCCGAUCUGGCUCUCACAGGGUGUCCACCACCGUCGAAAAAGUACCUGGUUCACCAAGCGCUCAGGUGCAAGUCAGUCCAGAAACUUUCACCUUAGCACCGCAUGCCAGCCAAACCAUACAGGUCACUUUCACUCUGCCGACCGGCCUGUCUGCAGAGCUUUUGCCUGUUUAUUCCGGUUACAUUUCAGUCAUUUCGGAUGCAGAAUGUGAGCGUCACACGCUGCCGUACUACGGCAUAGCAGGUAACAUGAAGAACACCAAAGUCCUCGACGCCGGUCCGGACACCGAAGAUGACCAGCAGCAGAUUCCACGUCUCACCGAUCUGAGACGUCAACCGCUCACUGGUCCCGUCACUUUUGAUGGGAACAAUGGAAUCGUGGUGAGGUAUCGCAUGGCUUUCGGCUCUCCUUACAUGAGAGUAGACAUUAUCAGCGCCAACGACACCCUCGUCAACGAGGGUCCAUCACCAGCUGCGCAGCAAUCAAUGCCCGACAUUGGAGCGAACUUUACGCUUUCGAAGGGUACCUUCAUGGGAGCCAAGCUCAUUGGAAUGAUUCCGACUAGUAAUUCCACAUAUGCUCCCCGAACAGUAUCUACAGAUACGGUUGUCCUCCCUUGGGCUGGAACAGUCAUUCCACCUGGAGAGACUCAACCCAGCUUCACCAUCCCGAGUGGGUACUACAAGAUCUUGAUUCGUGCUCUCCGAGUGAACGGAAACCCCUUCGUCGAUGCGGACUUCGACCAUUGGCUCUCGCCGGCGUUCACUGUAUCGGGAUCUUCCCUUCGGCAACCAACCCCACAGCCCCCAAAUUCUCCCGGAAGCUCUCGCUCACCAAUGGCUCCCAUAAACUACCAGCCAUCUGCUGGCUCCUUCAACAACCAGCCGUCUGUCGCCCCCUUCAACAACCGGCCGUCUGCCGCGCCACUCAACUAUCCGCAACCCGCCCUCUCUACCUUCCCAUCUCGAAUCGGCGGCUUAUCCUACCCGCGUGAUCUCUUUCGAGGUCGCGCCUUCUGA